UCCCUCGGCCCCCCCUCCUGUUCCGUCGGGCUCGUUCGGAGCUGCUGUGCCGCCUCGGGCUUCUCCUCAGCCCCUUCCCCCGGUUCUGACCCCUUCCCGCUGCCCGCUUGCUGCUGCCCCCCGUUCUUCUCUCGCCGCUCGUCUUCCCCCUUCUUCUGCCGGCCGCAGCGCUGUCUCUCCCCGUGGCCCCUCUCAGUAUCCCACACCCGUCCCUGUCCCCGCGCUCUCGAUGUGCGGCCUCAGCUGCAGGACGAUGUGCUCGUGUCGUGCUUUCUGGUGUCCUCGCAGCGAACGGGGCCGUGGCAGCCACCCGAGCUCGGUGUGCCCGCUGUGCCCGCUGUGCCCGCUGCCGGGAGCCGCUCGCGGGGUCUGGAGGCUUCCACAGCGUGUGGCAGCCAUGUGACGCCGCGGCGGGGCGUUUCAUAGGCGCGUCGGUAGCACUGCCGGGUCCAUUACAGCGGGAAUGGCAGCUCAGAAAGUGCCCCGAACCCAAUUCACAAACUCCAGAGCUCUUUCAGUCGGUUAUUUUACAGCUGUAUCUGCCCUGGGAUGGAGGUGUAACACCGCUUUAACACUGCGGUGCUGAGGGGUUGUGCGCCCCAGGUAACUCUGCCUGCCGCUGUGAGAGCCAAACUGAGCUGCAGUGGGGAUGUGGCCCGUGACAGGAAGGAACAGAGGCACUGAAAUGCAGCCAGGGGCUGUGCAGGCCUGUGCUGUGCUGCCUUGGUGUGCUGCCCUGCUGCUUGUGGUGUUUGUGUCAGGAACAACAGCAAUGGCAGGGACAGGCUGGUACAGCUGGCAGGGGAGAGGUUACGAGGGAACAUGGGGACGGUGUUGCAAUAGCAGAGGGGGAAAAGGGUAGAGCAAAGCAGGGCAGCAGGCAGGAGGAGAGCCAGGAAAAACACAGAGCAGGAGGCAGGGGUUUGGUUUGGGCCGCUGCUCUGGGGGCACAGGGCAGCUCUGCAGGCAGCUCCACAGGGCAGUGGGCACAGGAGCAUCUGGGCAGUGCUCUCAGACAGCAGGUUUGAGUUUGGGUUGUGGGAGCCAGGAGUUGGACUUCAUGAUCCCAGUGGGACCCUUCAGUUCAGGGCACUGUGUGAUUCUGUGCCUUGUUGGCAGCAGUUACCCCCUCUUGUUUCCCAUUUCUGGAGCUUCUGUUCUACCUUGAUGUAAUUGCUCAGAGUGCUUCUCACUGCUACGCAGUCUCUUUAAAAACAAUGACGUUGCAGCACAUCACUAAAGCAAUUUGUGGGAGCCAUUCGUUGUGCGAUCCAGAUGCUGUAGGAAGUGCCUUGAACUUGAUCCAGCGUAAAUGGGAAUGGGAGAUACAUUAUCAGAUGAUCUCUCUUAAGUGUGUGAUAAUGAGAUGGAGUUAUGAAGGAGCUCUUCAGGAUGGUGUUUGUGAUUGCUUUGCUGGAAGGGCGUGGGGGAAGCAGGUGAUCCCUGCCUCCAAUUGAGAGCUUUGGGAGCAGUUUGUGAGGGGCUGUGCUUGGGGACAGCUGUGGUUCUCAGCUUUCCAGAGACUCAAUGCAAUCGUAACCGCCUCAGGAUGAUGCUGAAGUCCUUCCGUGUGGGUCAGUCAGUAGUUAUGUUUUUUCCCUGUGAGUUUAAGGAUUACAGGGUGCUGCGGUUUAACCCAGCAGGCAGAUCAGCACCGCACAGCUGUUCCAUUGCUCAUCCCCCCUCAACUGGAUGGGGAUGAGAAUUGGUGGGGGAGGGGGAGAUGAAACAAACAGAUUGAGAUGGACAGUUUAACGGGACAGAAAAGUGAAGGGAAAAUAAUAAGAGUAAUGUAGAACACGGUUGCUCACCACCUUCUGACCAGUGCUAAGCUGGUCUCUGAGCAGUGACAGCCCCCAGCCAGCCCCCACCUCUACAGUACAAGAAGCUGUAAUGUCCUUUGUUCUGUGCAGCACGGCUCAGAGAGACCAAAACAUUGGUGCGUUAUCAGCGCUCUAAUCUGAAAUCCAGAAUACAGCACCAGACCAGCUACUGGAAGAAACUGAACUCUGUUCCAGCUGAAACCAGGACACAGAGUUGGGGCUUUGCUGUUGUUAGGACACGCUGAGAUAUUUAUGUUGGAUUUGCUGUGUGUAAAUACAGGUGAAGUUGCCCUUCUUGUCGCCAUUUGCUGACUUUGAGCAGCUAAUCUUAGCUGGAGAGACCUGAUAGCUUUCAGGAGUGGUGUCGGACAGCUCUGAAUUACUCUGGGAGUACAUUUUACUUCAAGAAUACUAACAGGCGUUCUGUAUGACUGUUAAAAAGCUUUACUACAGGAAUGCUCAAUUUGAUUCUUCCUUCACCUACUUUCUAUGCAGGUGCGUUGGGUUGGAUGUGUUGGAGAACCAACUGCCGUGAAGUUUUUGCCCUUAAUCUUUCAGGCUAACCUUGCUUUGUCUCUGCUGCUCAUCUUUCAGAUCUCUGCAUGCGCUCUGUAAGCAUUGCCACUGCAGCAGAACCACUUGGUCAUGGCAAAAAGAUGGAUGGUGUGCCAUGGCAAAGGAGUGCUCCCAUCCCCUGCCAGAGCACCCCUUAGUCUCUGGGGUCUUUUCAGGUUCCUUGUGGGCCUUGGCUUCUCCAUGUGUAUUGGCAAUACAUGUUGUACGUCUUGCUACGGACUGAACAGGGGAGCCUGUAGGUGUAGCUUUUAUCAGCUCACUGUAAUGUUGUUUCACAGAUGUCUUGCAUGUGAAAGGUCAGUAUCUUAAGAUGAUGUGCAGUAGUAAGCUACAGACUUGCUACUGCAAGGAAGAGAAAUGGAUUUGUUGAUGGGCAUGUUUGACUCUCCUAUGGAUGUUUAUUAUGGUGUCUUUGUAUCCAGCAUUGUUCUGGUGUUACAACAGCGAGCACUUUUCAAGUUUUAUAUGAUCGCCUCGGCAUUUCUGCUGGCUGCAACUUCAGUGUUGGUGAAUUACUAUGCUUCUUUGCACAUAAACUUCUACAGUGCCUACUACACAGCAGCUUUUGGAAUUCAGCUCUUCCCUCAUAAAGGACCUUCGCUCUGGAUGGCGCUCUCCAUCCUCCAGCUUACCUUUGGGAUUGGAUACGUUACGUUGCUGAACAUGCAGUCCUUAUACUCCCAGCUAAUCAUCCUGGAUAUACUGAUUCCUAUAGUUGGCUUGGUUGUUGAACUACCUUUACGUGUCCGACAGAUACUAGUUUUUAUUUCAGGCCUAGUGCUGACACUGAAUACCACAGUCAUUUUAGUUACGAAAAUGAAGUGGUUCUAUUACUCGGUGCGGUAUGUUUAUCUGCUGGUAAGGCACAUGUACCGCAUUUAUGGAUUACAGCUAUUGAUGGAAGAUACAUGGAAGAGGAUUCGGUUUCCAGCCGUACUGCGUGUCUUCUGGCUGACGAGACUUACAGCACAAGCUGUGGUAUUGACAUAUGUUGUAAAGAUGGCUGAAACUAAUACGGAAGACAAAUUCUUCUUUAUAUCAUGGGAUAAUUGUUGGGAACUGAUCUGCAGCCUGAUAAUAAGUGGGUGUGAUUCUACCUUAACUGUGUUAGGCAUGAGUGCUGUCAUUUCCUCCAUAGCACAUUAUCUGGGACUUGGCAUCUUGGCCUUCAUUGGGUCGACCGACGAGGACGACAAAAGGCUGGGUUUUGUAGCACCUGUUCUGUUUUUCAUUCUGGCUCUGCAGACUGGUUUAAGCGGACUGAAACCAGAAGAAAGACUGGUUCGUCUGAGCCGCAACAUGUGCCUUUUGCUAACCGCAGUCCUGCAUUUUAUCCACGGAAUGACAGACCCCGUGCUGAUGUCUCUCAGUGCCUCCCACGUGCCGUCGUUCCGCAGACACUUCCCCGUGCUGUUUGUUUCAGCCUGCCUUUUCAUCCUGCCCGUUCUGCUCAGUUACGUCCUCUGGCACCACUAUGCACUGAACACGUGGCUUUUCGCAGUCACUGCGUUCUGUGUCGAGCUCUGCCUGAAAGUCAUCGUUUCUAUCACUGUUUAUGUAUUGUUUAUGAUCGAUGGCUACUACAACGUGCUGUGGGAAAAACUGGACGAUUAUGUCUAUUACGUUCGCUCCACCGGCAAUAUUAUUGAGUUUAUAUUUGGAGUCAUCAUGUUUGGAAACGGAGCUUACACAAUGGUGUUUGAAUCAGGAAGUAAGAUCCGCGCUUGCAUGAUGUGUCUGCACGCGUACUUCAAUAUCUAUUUGCAAGCAAAGAAUGGCUGGAAGACUUUUAUAAAUCGCAGGACUGCUGUUAAGAAAAUAAACUCCCUUCCAGAGGUGAAAGGAAGCCGGCUCCGUGAAAUAGAUGACGUAUGUGCAAUCUGCUACCACGAGUUCACCACGUCUGCUCGCAUUACUCCAUGCAACCAUUACUUUCAUGCACUUUGUCUUCGGAAGUGGCUGUACAUUCAGGACACUUGCCCCAUGUGCCAUCAGAAAGUGUACAUUGAGGACAAGGAGAACGCCAACGUCUCUAACAACAACGGGUUUGUGCCACCAAAUGAGGAUCCUGUACAAGUUGUAGAAGAAGCUGCUGAUGCUGAAAAUGAAUUAAAUGAAGAUAAUGAUAGUUCGGAUAGUGGUGAAGAUGAUGAUGACAGUGUGGAACAGCACUUGAAUGAGACUCUUAACGCUGACUCUGACUCUCUUGGGUGAUUAAGAUGUCCUUUCCUAAGCCGUGAGGUAUUCGUUUAGCAUUGACUCAAACAGAAUAAAGUAUCACUUCGUAGUUAUUGUACUUUAAGCACAACAGCAGUAUCUCCGUGUUGAGUCUGUGAAUGGUGGUUGUUUACUGUGGUGUGUGCUACUGUAAAUAUACCUCUAAUUUUUGCUGGUCUCUUUCACGACCACCUUAAAUUAUGUACAUUAUUGUACAUGGAAUAAAAUGUUUUCACGUUUUUAA